AUGCAGCACUCAGAACAGGGCAAGUUGCCAACGCAUCACCACUCAACACAUACCGCGCCGACUCGUGCGGCCUCCCAUCGGUCCAGCUCCGACACCGACGCUCCCUGCGCCCUCCCCAGCCUCACCAGCCCUACUCUAAGUGCUCGGCCACCGCCUUCCCACCCUCCUCGCUCCUCACCCACUCUCCAUCGCAAGUCUAUGAGCGCCGACGAAGUCGUCGUCCCUGGUCUGCCGCCUCUCGACUGGGCUCUAAAGCCCGGCCGGGCGUAUGUGACACAGUCCAGUCUCUUCCUCGAGGCUAACGGGUCGACGGACUGGUUCUGCCCCGGACCCUCUCAGAAUCCGCGCUUGAACGCUCGUCCGCUCGGCUUCAGCGCGCCGGGCACAUUCGCUCUCUCGGCCAAAGUAAGCAUCAAGGGCGAGCGCUCCGUCUACGACGCUCCGGCGUUGAUCGUCUGGCGCCUUUCCAGUCCGAAACGACACUGGGCCAAACUGUGUUUCGAGCAGGCGCCGGCUCUCUCGCCCUCACCCUCUCCAGAUGGGGAGGAGGACGUCAACGGCUCCCCAGGACCACGAGACACAGGCACCACAGGCCCAGUGUCGGUCGUGAACCACUGUGACGCUUCUGACGAUGCAAGCCAUGGCGCAACGGACGGGGAGGCGCUGUACCUCCGCGUCUCUCGGACUGGGAGCUCCAGCUUCGCCUUCCACUCCAGCACGGAUGGGAGGAGAUGGGACCUACUCCGGAUCUUCACCCUCGGCGGCGAGGGGGAGAUCAGGGCCGGAUUCCUCGCCCAGUGUCCUACGGGCAGUGGGUGUGAGUGCCGCUUUGAGGAGAUCAGGCUCGGGCAGCCGCCGAGGAACCUCCGCGAUGGCACUUGA